AUGGAUAAGAAACCAACAAUUCUUAUGAAAAAAUAUGAGGUAGGACGCAUGCUUGGACAAGGAAACUUUGCCAAAGUUUAUCAUGCAAGGAACAUAAAGACGGGACAAAGUGUUGCCAUUAAGGUGUUUAACAAAGACAUGAUCAUGAGGGUUGGUUUGAGGGAACAAAUCAAACGUGAAAUCUCGGUCAUGCGCCGCGUUAGACAUCCAAACGUCGUCGAAUUUUACGAGGUCAUGGCAAGCAAAACAAAGAUAUAUUUCGCAAUGGAAAUCAUGAAAGGCGGUGAGCUUUUCAACAAAGUGUCCCGAGGGAGGCUGAGGGAAGAUGCUGCUAGAAAAUAUUUCCAACAGCUUAUUGAAGCUGUUGAUCAUUGUCACAGAAGAGGGGUUUUCCACCGCGAUCUUAAACCGGAAAAUCUCCUCCUCGACGAGAAUGGUAAUCUCAAGGUUUUGGAUUUCGGCCUUAGCGCGCUGUCGGAAUCAAAAAAUAUAGAUGGUCUUCUUCAUACAACAUGCGGAACUCCGGCUUACGUAGCACCCGAGGUUAUCAAGAAAAAAGGCUAUGAUGGAGCCAUGGCAGACAUUUGGUCUUGUGGUGUUAUCCUCUAUGUUCUAUUAGCUGGUUAUCUUCCAUUCAAUGAUAAAAACCUAAUGGACAUGUAUAAGAAGAUUUCAAAAGCGGAUUACAAGUUUCCCCAAUGGUUUCGUCCCGAAGUUAAAAGGCUGCUUAACCGAAUCCUUGAUCCUAAUCCAAGAACAAGAAUUACCAUUAGCAAAAUAAUGCAAAAUAGUUGGUUCAGAAAAGGAUAUAUGCAGAUUGAAGGACAACCGUUACCACCAUUAUCGCCUACGCGAGGCGAUAUCUCAGAUGUUUAUAAUGCGUUCGACGAUACAUCAUCGCCAUCAAACUCUAACGGAACUCCAAGAGCAAUGUCUAUUACAGACUACGUAGAAUAUCCUAUGAAACCAUAUUGUUUCAACGCAUUUGAUCUCAUAUCACUCUCUUCAGGUUUCGAUCUUUCUGGUUUAUUCGAGAAAGAUACGGAUGAAAGAACACAUGCAAGGUUUUCUACAAAAAGACCACCUUAUAUAGUUGUGGCGAAACUCGAAGAGGUAGCACAAUUAGAUGGUAGAUUUAAGGUUAUGAAACAAAAUGGAAUUGUUAGGCUGGAAGGAACUGAGGCAGCGUUAAAUGAACAACUCAGCAUAGACACAGAAAUUUUUGAAGUUACUUCUUCAUUGUAUAUUGUUGAGGUUAACAAAAUAGCUGGAGAUACAUUGGAAUAUAGGAGAUUCUGGAACCAAUUCUUAAAGCCUACUCUAGAUGAAAUUGCUUGGGUUUGGCAAGGAUAUGAGCAGUAUAUAUAG